CUCAGAAAAAACCCUCACCUUGACAAAAACGAUCCCCAAUUUCAACCCCCCCCCCUCUCUCUCUCUCUUUCUCUCUAAAUUUCGCUCCCGAUUUGAUAAUGCGAUUGCAAUCGACGCGAUCUGAGUCGUCGCCGUUUCUGAAUUCUUCGUCGGGGUUUGAUCGGACUAGGGGUUUACGACAGCGCCGCGGCGGAGGCGGAGGAGGAGGAAGAGGCGAAGAGGAGAUUAGGGUUAGGGUUUGAGUUUUCGGUUGAGUUAUGUUGAUGGCGGUGGAGGAGGGUUCUAAUUGUGGAUUCGCCGCCGAGGAUUUCGACGGCGAGGACAUGUCGAUCGAUCUCGAUACAUUUUAUCGCCUUCUCGAGGAAGAACCGCCGAGUUGUCCGGAGGAUUCAUCAUUGGGAAGCGGACCACAAGCUGAAGCAGUUUCCGGUGCUGAUUACCUUGAGGAUACACAGCUCCAAAGUGGAUCGCAAGUUUUAAAAGCAGAAUCAUCAGCUGAUUUAGGGGGUUUCGGAUCCUGGCGUCCUCCAUACAGCUCUGAAGCUUCGGAUUCAGGGCGUCCAGGUGGUUCCUUUGAUUAUGCAGGGAACCCUGCAAUGUUCUCUGACUACAAGGAUAGCAAACCAACAGCGUACACUGGCUCUCCUGGUUCAUGGCAUCCUCCAUAUAUCUCAGAAGCAUCAGAUUCUGUGGCAGGGGGUCCAGGUGGUUCCUUUGAGUGUGGAGGGAACCCUGCAAUGUCUUUAGACAGGAAACCACCAGCACAGACCAGCUCUCAUGGGCACAUGUUCUCUACAAGUCUUAAAGACUGGUUUUCGUUGGUUCCUUGCACGGAGACUUACUUAACUGAGAGGGUUGACGUUUCACAGCCCACUAGUAGCACCACUUCUAGUUUUGAAGGACAUACGAAUCAUGUUUUAGACCACGGAGAUCUUAAUGUCCUGCAGGGGAAAGCAGAUGUGGCAGGGAAAGUUGAUUCUGAAUAUUCUUCACAAAACCUUGGUAUUGAUAACAUGGACAUGAAUUCCAGACCGUAUGGUGCUUUGGGGGAAAACACCCCAGAAACCUUGGGACCAUCGGAAAAUAAUUCUUGUACAUCUAUGGAAAUACCCUUUCUAGAUGUAGAUGUAUGUUCACCACAUGUUACUUCUCCCGAAUCUACUCUCUGUCAAAAUUCUGAUCUUUUCAGUGACCAUUAUACAGCUGCGGAUGGUAUGAGCUUAGACAAUAGAUAUUUGGCAGAGUCCUCAAUCCAGCAUAGUCCUUAUAGCUACUACUCUACAUUAUUUCCAAGUAACAAAGAAAUGAUGACUAAUGUGAAGGAUGAAUCACUGGAGUUUCAAACUGAUAGUUCAUGCUCAAGCAGUAAGAUGAAUAUCAAUUGUCAGGAGGGAAUAACCGGUACAUAUGGCUUUGAUUCGCCAAUGAUUGAUGCUUCAGAUAUCAAGGAGUGGAAUUUUGAUUAUGGAAGAUAUAAUUGUAUUUCGGCUGUUAGUGGGAAUUCUUCAUUGGAUGCGGACUCUUGUCCUGUUGACAACAAGGCUUCAGUCAAGCCUUUGGGUUCUACUGAGACAUACAUGUCAAGCAAACGGGAAUUCACUGGUGUGAAGGAUGAAAAUAUUGAUGAGUUGGUUGCUCCUAGUACUGAUACGUUUCAUUCUUUUUCAUUCAUGGAUGACAGUAGAAAGCCAUCUUACAAUGCUGAUGGUAGCUCUUUUGACAAGGAACCAAAACUCUCAGGUUAUGAUGUAUCUACUCAGCAUUUUGGAAAUUCAGGGCAUGCUAAAGAAGAGAUGAUUGUUGAUACUAACAGAACUUAUUAUUCUGAAGGUAAUAUAAAUGGAAGUUCUUUACCCCAUGUUGGUGGUGGAUAUGUGAAUCUAAAUGGUUUGGAACAUCAGUUGCCAGCUGCUCAGCCAUUCUCUUCAAACAGGAAUCAGGGUUAUAGUACGGACAGACUUGAGGGUAAACACUGUCUGCCUAAGAGCAUGGGUUUUCCUUUUUCAAAAGUCAGCCCCGAGUCUAUUCAUAGUAACUUCUCUGAAAAAUCCCCUGCAGAAGAUGACUAUGAUGUAUGCAUUAUUGAAGAUAAGAGUGAUCCUGCACCCACACGUCGCCUUCCAGUGGUUAGCAAUACUCGUUACCCGGCGCCCUUGAAUUGCUCUCUAGCAGUUGGAAGUAACAUUGCUAAUUCACAACAAUCUAGUGAUCACGACACUGGAGUGGGAGGCAUACGAUUCAGGACAAGGGAGGAGCAAUUGAUCUUGAGAGUAGCAUUGCAGGACCUUUCACAGCCCAAGUCAGAAGCUCUUCCACCAGAUGGAGUUUUAACAGUACCUCUCUUACGACAUCAGAGAAUCGCAUUGUCAUGGAUGGUUCAGAAGGAGACAGCUAGCUUGCCUUGUUGCGGAGGAAUACUUGCAGAUGAUCAGGGAUUGGGAAAAACGAUAUCGACAAUUGCACUCAUACUUAAGGAAAGGCCUCCUGCUUCUGGAGCCUGUCUAGAUGAAAAAAAGUGCAAGCUGGAAACUCUGGAUUUGGACCAGGAUGAUGACAUGCUUCCUGAGGUUAGCAGAAGGAAGCAAGAUGCUGAUGCUCAUUCAAGUGUCUCAAAUGAAACUUCUGAGAAGAGCAUGAAAUCUUUGAUACAAACAAAGGGAAGGCCAGCUUGUGGAACACUCGUUGUUUGUCCCACCAGUGUCUUGCGGCAAUGGGCAGAGGAGUUGCGUAAUAAAAUAACAGAAAAAGCUAAACUCUCAGUGCUAGUCUACCAUGGAGGCAAUCGAACGAGGGAUCCGUGUGAGCUAGCUAAGUAUGAUGUUGUCCUCACAACAUAUUCAAUUGUCAGCAUGGAGGUCCCAAAGCAGCCUCUUGCUGAUGGAGAAGAUGAGGAGAAAGGAAAGCGAGAGGAGUAUGAUUCUCCACAUAUGGGGUUUUCAUCUAAGAAAAGGAAAUAUCCUAAUAAAUGCUCAAAGGGUAAGAAGGGAUUGGAGACUGCAGCGCUUGAGUCUCUUGCUCGCCCUCUUGCUAAGGUUGGAUGGUUUAGGGUUGUCUUGGAUGAAGCCCAGAGUAUUAAGAAUCACAGAACUCAAGUAGCUAGGGCCUGUUGGGGGCUUCGAGCGAAACGUAGGUGGUGCUUAUCGGGGACACCUAUCCAGAAUGCGAUUGAUGAUCUUUAUAGCUACUUCAGAUUUCUGAGAUAUGACCCUUAUGCGGUGUACAAGUCGUUUUGUGCAAAAAUAAAAUUUCCAAUUAGUAAGAAUCCAACAAAAGGGUACAGAAUGCUACAAGCUGUUCUGAAGACAAUUAUGUUACGCCGCACAAAAGGCACUCUUCUUGAUGGAGAACCUAUUAUUAAUUUACCACCAAAAUUUAUAGAACUGAAAAGGGUGGAAUUCUCCGCGGAAGAACGAGAUUUUUACUCAAGGCUAGAGAGUGAUUCACGCGCUCAAUUUGAAGAAUAUGCAGCUGCUGGAACUGUGAAACAAAAUUAUGUUAAUAUUUUAUUGAUGCUCUUGCGACUUCGACAAGCUUGUGAUCACCCCCUUCUUGUCAGACGUUAUGAAUCACAGUCUUUAUGGAAAUCUUCGGUUGAGAAGGCAAAGAAGCUUACUCAUGACAAACAAGUAUCCCUUCUGAAUUGUUUGGAAGCUUCUUUGGCAAUAUGCGGUAUCUGCAAUGAUGCACCUGAAGAUGCCGUUGUUUCUGAAUGUGGUCAUGUCUUCUGUAGCCAAUGCAUUUGUGACUAUCUCACUGGUGAUGACAACCAGUGCCCCAACACAAGUUGCAAAGUUCGACUGAAUGUGUCCUCCGUCUUUUCAAAAGCCACUUUAAACAGUUCGCUUUCUGACCAACCUAGUCAAGGGGGCAUGGGUUCUGAAGUUUUUGAUGCUGUAGAGUCUUUCUAUGAGGAUAGCUCGUACAAUUCAUCCAAGAUUAAGGCUGCACUUGAGGUUCUCUGCUUGAUGUGUAAACCAAAGACUUGCACUACAGAAAAUAGUUGCUUACCGGAAAGCGUUGAUAAAAAUGCCAGCUGUUCUACAACGUCUUUUGACAUUGAUGGGGCUGAGUCCCUUGAGGACAGUUCUGAUGGACAGAACUUGGAUGUGGACAAAAGUCCUAAGAAAAUUGAGAAGGUAGUUCGAGAAAAAGCAAUAGUCUUUUCACAGUGGACUAGGAUGCUGGACUUGCUUGAAGCGUGUCUUAAAACUUCCGGCCUUGAGUACAGAAGACUUGAUGGAACAAUGUCAGUUGUUGCCAGAGAUAAAGCUGUAAAGGAUUUUAACACUCUUCCUGAGGUGUCAGUUAUGAUUAUGUCUUUGAAAGCUGCUAGUCUUGGUCUGAACAUGGUUGCAGCCUGCCAUGUACUUCUUUUGGACCUGUGGUGGAAUCCUACGACUGAAGAUCAAGCAAUUGAUAGAGCACAUCGUAUUGGGCAGACCCGUCCUGUUACGGUUUUACGGUUGACUGUGAAAGAUACGGUCGAAGAUCGUAUUUUAGCUCUUCAGAAAAAGAAGAGAGAGAUGGUGGCAUCUGCAUUUGGAGAGGAUGAGACUGGUGGUCGUCAGACUCGCUUAACAGUUGAUGAUCUCAAGUACCUGUUUAUGAAGUGACUAGAUAGUUUUUAUAGGUUGAACAGAUUUGUUUUGCUAACAAAAGGCAUUGUCCAUAGGUUUGUUUUCGGCUUUGGCCGCAGCACAAUUGAUACUUGGAAGGUUAUCUGACAAUAGAUCUAGAAAAGGAGUAGCAUGAUGGCUCUAUCAGCUAGAUGAUUAUGUUAAUAGUCCAUAGAAUCUCACAUGAUCAAGGGUUUUUCUUACGAACGAAAUUUUUUUUUUCAUCUUUACAGUUUCUCUAUUCUUUCCCUGUACUGGUUGUUCUCCAUCAUAUUGUAUAGGUUGUAGUCUAAAGCAAUUAAAGAUAUCAAAGUCCAGAGCGUCUUGUUUUUGUUUUCAAUUGUAAAUCACAGAGGGUAUUUCCCCUAGUUCUUUUCCUA